AUGGGCGCAAUUGCUGAUACAGCCAGCUGGCAACAACGAGCAGCCAAUAAAAGACAAGAAUGUGCCAAUAAAAUUCCGGAAGAAUGGAGAAUCCCACCAAAGAUCCUGGAUGAGCUUGAGACACCAUUUGCGGACAAGAAGAAUGACCUGAUCCGAGCCCAGACAAUUCGGAAAUCCGGCAUUUUGACAGAUAGGGAACUUGAGAUUACCGAAGACUAUCAAGUUGAUGAUCUGAUCGCCGCGUUGGCAGAUGGGAGCUUGACGUCGGUGGAAGUCACCCUGGCAUAUUCCAAGCGUGCAGCGUUGGCCCAGCAGCUGGUAUCAUGUCUGACAGAAACAAUGUUUGAAGAAGCGCAUGAACGGGCGCUUCUUCUUGAUAGUCAACGAGCUCAGGGCAAGCUCGCAGGACCGCUCCAUGGUCUUCCGAUCAGUAUCAAAGACAACUUCAACUUCAAGGGAGUAGAUUCUACAGUUGGAAUGAUCACCUUCUUGGAUGAUAAAGCGCAGGAGAAUUCACCGCUGGUGGAUAUCUUACUAGGCUUGGGUGCAGUUCUAUACGUGAAGACAAAUGUGCCCCAGACAAUGAUGACAACGGACUCACACAACAAUGUCUUUGACCGCACUCUCAACCCAUGGAAUACUAGAUUAGGCCCUGGCGGCUCUAGCGGGGGCGAGGGUGCUCUAAUCGCUCUCCGUGGAUCCCCGCUCGGAGUGGGAACUGAUAUUGGAGGCUCCAUCCGAAUCCCAGCACAUUGCUGUGGGCUCUAUGGCUUCAAACCAAGUUCCCAACGAGUUCCAAAUGGUGGCAUGCGCGGUUGCAACACCAGUGGAAUGAAGUUUCUGCUCUCUUGCGCCGGUCCACUAUCAUCUGAUCUCAAUGGAAUUGAGACAUUUUUCAAGUCUGUUUUCGAGACAGAGCCCGCUCGUCUUGAUUCCACCGUCCUCGAUGUUCCAUGGAGAGACGUUCCCGUGAAAUGCUCUACUCUGAAGAUAGGCGUUGUUCCUGAAUCAUCGAUAUUCCCUCUCCACCCACCCAUUCGCAGGGCAUUGACAGAGGCUGUCCGCUUGCUGGAGGCACAGGGCCACGAGAUUAUCCACCUCACCGAGGAAGAAUGUCGCAUCGUGGAAUCCAACGAGAUCGGAUGGUCACUAUUUGGCCUAGAUGAGGGCUCCAAGAAACUUUUGGAAUCAACCGGCGAGCCUCCAGUUCCUGCGAUGCACUAUCUUGGAAAGCAGGCUGAAAAGCUCCUUGGGUUUUAUAAGCCAACAUUGCCAGACACAACUGGCCUCGAUCCCCUACACAAGUUAGCCUUGCUAAAUACGCGCCGUGCCGAGCUAAGGGAGUCAUAUCGGAAGAUGUGGCUGGAGCAUGAUCUUGAUAUCUGUAUUGCUCCCUCCGCUCAAACGACAGCGGUCCCCCACGACACCUUCGGCGUGGCGCCUUAUACCACCUUUACCAACGUUCUAGAUUAUCCAUCUUUUGUCAUACCCUUUGGUGAAGUCGGCGGAGAUGAUGCAAACAAGACCUUUGUGCCCAAUGAACAUCAGCUGGGGCCCGAAUGUGAGUAG